AUGUUUUGGCCGGAUCUUGCAAGCAGUCAUUAUGCGAAAAAAACAUUGGAUUGGCUCACUGAGCAAAAUAUACCAUUUGUACCGAAAAAAGACAACCCACCAGACAUUCCACAGGCACGUUUAAUCGAAGAUUUCUGGUCAGUUCUCAAACGUAAAGUGUACGAGAAGGGCUGGGAAGCUCAAAACGAGCAACAAUUGAUAGGACGAAUCAAGCAAAAGUUGGAGAAAGUCGACAUAUUGGUCGUCCAGAGCAUAAUUUUGAAGGUUCGACACGUACUGAGACAAAUCGAAGACAAUGGCUCAUUAAGUGUAAAAGUGUACCCAAGCGAUCCCAAUUCGGAUGAAAUUUUUUGGACAGAAGGUUAUGGACAAUUGACAAAAGAAGGAAAAAAUCAGUUAUAUGAAUUGGGCCAGUACCUUCGUCGCAGAUAUAGAAAAUUGCUUGGUGACAAAUACUCCCCAAACAAAGUAUAUUGUCGAUCCACCGAUACUGACCGCACUUUAAUGUCGGCUCAGGCAACUUUAGCCAGUUUAUUUCCGCCAGACGCUGGUGAAAUAUGGAAUGAAGAUAUUCUAUGGCAACCAAUUCCAGUUCACACAGUGCCAGGCAAAUACGAUUUUAUAAUACACCAUGCCGCGUCAUGUUCAAAAUAUCAAGCCAAACUUAAAAAUUACAUGAAUACAUCUCCAGAAGUUCAACAAAUUUAUGCGAGAUAUGCACAUCAGUUUUCGUAUUGGUCAAAAAUGAUUGGAAAGAAAAUUGAAACGAUUUUUGAUAUUUUCUUUUUGAGUUUGCCAUACUGGGCCGAAAAAGCUAUGGAAUCUAAUGGCAUAAUGGAAUAUAUAUCUCAAUUUUCACUUCAAAUCGAAGCAGCAACACCACAAUUGGCACGAUGCAAAUCCAGUUUUUUGAUCAAAGAAAUUCUUGAACAUUUUACGCAAAAAAUCAAUAAAACAUUGAAACCAGAUAGAGUGUUUUGGUUGUACUCGGCUCACGAUUUAAAUAUUGCACAUCUAUUGAAGAGUCUUGGUUUGUUUAAGUUGCAUUUUCCAUGUUAUGGUUCAAGCCUACAUUUUGAGCUAUACAAAACGAAUGAUAACGAGCAUUACUUCCAGCUUUUCUAUCGCCAAUCAAACGAAGAGAAACCACUACCACUCAGUAUACCAAAAUGUGGAGAAAUAUGCCAUAUAGAUCAAUUCUAUGCUGCGUAUCGUGCAAUAAUUCCAUCCGAUUUUGAAAAGGAAUGUAGUUGA